UAGUAAGCAAAAUAAAAAUGGGAUGCACAGCAAGUUCUAAUGGCGACAAAGCUGCUAUCGAAAGAUCAAAAAAGAUUGAUAAAGAUCUUCGUGCAGAUGGAGAAAGAAUAGCGAAUGAAGUAAAAUUACUUUUACUUGGAGCGGGAGAAUCUGGAAAAUCAACGAUAGUUAAACAGAUGAAAAUAAUACAUGAAACGGGAUAUAGUCAAGAAGAAUGUGAACAGUAUAAGCCAGUUGUAUAUAGUAAUACAAUUCAAAGUUUGAUGACAAUAAUUCGAGCUAUGGGACAAUUAAAAAUAGACUUCGCAGAUCCUAGUAAAGUUAAUAUAGCUAGAGAAUUUUUCACAGUCGCAUCUUCUACGCCUGAAGGAGAAUUAAGCAGUGACUUGGUAAUUUUAAUGAAAAAUUUAUGGCAAGAUAGUGGUGUUCAACUAUGUUUUGCACGUAGCCGUGAAUAUCAGUUAAAUGAUUCAGCCGCUUACUAUUUAAACGCAGUGGAUCGUAUUACAAUGCCGAACUAUAUUCCAACACAACAAGAUGUUUUAAAAACUAGAAUAAAAACAACAGGGAUUGUAGAAACAUGUUUCUCAUUUAAAGGUUUGCAGUUUAAAAUGUUUGAUGUGGGAGGUCAACGUUCAGAACGAAAAAAAUGGAUACAUUGUUUCGAGGAUGUAACAGCAAUUAUAUUUUGUGUAGCAUUAAGUGAAUAUGAUUUAGUACUUGCCGAGGACGAAGAAAUGAAUCGUAUGAUUGAAUCAAUGAAAUUGUUCGAUUCUAUUUGUAACAGUAAAUGGUUUGUAGACACGUCUAUUAUAUUAUUUCUUAAUAAGAAAGAUAUUUUUGAGAAUAAAAUCUGUAAAAGCCCAUUGACAAUUUGUUUUCCUGAAUAUAAGGGCUUAAAUACCUUCGAUGAAUGUGCAUCGUAUAUACAAAUUAAAUUUGAAGAUCUUAAUAAACGCAAAGAGCAAAAACAAAUUUAUUCUCAUUUUACAUGCGCCACUGAUACGAAUAAUAUUCAAUUUGUUUUUGACGCUGUAACAGAUGUUAUAAUUCAAAAUAAUCUUAGUAGUUGUGGAUUAAUAAGUUGAGAAAUUUUUAUUUCAAAUUUAAUAUGAAUCAUAUUAAAAUUUACAGUCAA